AUGGAGGUGAUGAAUUCUCAGUUGCCCAAAAGGAGAACUUAUUACGAAGUGAUAGCCGGUCUUGCAUCAUUUGAACGGUCUCAAGAUGUUAGCUUAAGCCAUCCAGAACUACAAGAAUUAGUUAAAGCUGAGUUCCAUAACAAACAAGCUGAAAAAUUGCCCAAUACCACUAAUGAAGAGACUAAAAGAAAGAAAGUUACCGUACAUGGAUAUUUGGGGGGUAAAGUUGACUUAGAUGAGGCCUCUAAUGCAAGUUAUGAUUUAAGUCAUACUUUAUUGGGUGGAUACGUACCUAGAAGACAAUUGGAAUCACUUUCUAGUAUAGAUUUUGCACACUAUUUCCAUAAGUCCCUAGAAUGUGAAGAUGCGUUACAGAUUUACGAUAUGUUUGUAGCCAAUAACUUCAGACGUGCCACGGCUUUACCAUCUACCGUUACCCAUGUCAACAACAACAACAGCAGUAAUCAUAAUGAACCGCAUGCAUCGUCGGGUUCAGCUGUAAAAAAAUCACUUGUAUGCAAGAAAUGCGGUACGAAAUUUAGUGGAUCUCACCGUAUGCACCGUUUGAGAAAGCACGAUUGUAAUAGUAAACGCUAA